AUGAACCAAACCAACAUUCACAUCCCGAGCCUCGGAGGAGCCAAUGCUUUCACCCGGACUCUGAACAAGGAAGACGUGAAGAUCUGCGUAGCCGUCGAGAAAGCCUUUAUAGAGCCGGAGCGAUGCUCCGAGGAAAAGUUCUGCUAUCGCUUGGGAGCAUGCCCGGAGCUAUGCCUGGGACUCUUUGUUGAGAAUGAGCAAGACCCAGCUUCACCUACACUCAUUGGACAUGUCAUUGCAGUGCGAUCUCCUUAUUCACGUAUCACCGACGGAUCGAUGUCAAUGCCGGAGAAUUGGCGAUCACUGGAUGGUGAACCGGUCUUUGUCAAUGAUGAACUAAUUGGGAAUCACAAGUAUGGUGACAACAUUGCAAUUCACUCUGUGGCUAUUUCGCCGGAGUAUCAAGGCAAGAGGGUUGGAAGAGCUCUCGUCCGGGCAUACCUUGAGCAUCUUGGGAGAGGAUCUUUCGGGGCGAACAAGGUUGUCCUUAUUGCGCAUGACUAUUUGGUGAAUUUCUAUGAGAGUGUUGGGUUUAAGAACCAGGGGAAAAGUCAGUCUAACUUUGCAGGUGGUGUUUGGUUUGAUAUGACUUUUGAUCUGGAGUGA